CUAGCCGUUAAUUUUUAAGUGUCAAACUAUAGUGAAGUAUUGGGAAUAACUAUAAUAAAGUGUGUAACGUUGUGGUGUGUUUGGAUCCUUAACACGUUUAAUUUAAUUCUACAAUACAUUUAUUUGUAUACGUCAAUUGAAUACAGCACAUUUAAUACCGAAUCAAGUCCGAAUAACAUUCAGUACAGAAAAAACUGAGCGAACUGGUAGAAGCGAUUGUGAAAGCUGACGAGACAGACAACAGAAUCGAACACGAAAGUCGGAUCCGGUGCCGAGGCAGGGAACUUUGUUUUCAACCACAACCGCCUAAAAGCUGAAGCGAGCGUUAGGCAACAUUUUGCGGCAACCUAAAGAUAAGUGAUAGUUCUACGAUUAUCUCAGGUGACAUUUACAACAGAGAGUUUUAACAGCGCAUAGACGUAGGUAUUUCCAAGUGUCUCGACCUCGCGCAGUGUGUUUAUCAACCUUCGGACGUACCGACAUGGCGCACCGUCACCACAACUUCGAAAUAGUCGAAGUCGACGAAAACCAACCGCCGCAGAACAAACGCCUGGCCUGCCUGAGGGCCAACGCCCUGACCAUCGCGACGGUCGUCGGGGUGAUCCUGGGCGCCGUCGUCGGGAUAGUGCUGCGACAGACCAAAGACCACUGGACGGAGAGGGAGAUCAUGUACAUUGGGUACGUGGGGGACGUGUUUCUGAGGAUGCUCAAGUCGCUGAUCCUGCCCCUCAUAGUAUCCUCCUUGGUGUCGGCCAUCGCGAGCCUGGACCUGUCGCUUUCCGGGAAGAUAGCGGCGAGGGCGAUCGCGUAUUACCUCACGACCACUUUCGCCGCCGUCAUUUUGGGCAUGGUGCUGGUGGUUACCAUCAGGCCGGGAGCCGGGCACAGCGCGGACGUCGGCGCGAGCUCACAGGAGGAAUCGAGGAACGUGACCACUGUCGACACGCUGCUGGAUCUAGUCAAGAACAUGUUUCCUCCAAAUCUUGUGGAAGCCUGCAUUUUUCAGUACCGUACAAAUUUAGUGGCACCAGACGACAACGAGACAGACCUCCACAAAUUCAGCAUCGAAACAGAGACGGUACAAACGAUGAACAUCCUGGGCUUGGUUGUCGCUUCUGCGGCGAUCGGAAUAGCCAUAGCCCAGGUGGGGGAGGAAGCGCAAACCAUAGCCAACUUCUUCCACAAUCUGAUGGCCAUAAUGAUGAGGAUCACCACCUGGAUAAUCACGCUGUCGCCGGUCGGUAUCAUGUUUCUGGUGGCCGCUGAGGUUUUGGAAAUGGACGACAUUGCCUCGGUGAUGAGCAGCCUGGGGAUGUACUUCGUAACGGUGUGUGUCGGAUUGUUCUUGCAGGGAUUCGUCGUGCUGCCCCUGUUAUAUUUCGCUCUGACGAGGAAGAAUCCCGUUAGAUUCGUUACCAACAUAGGGCAAGCCAUCGCCACGGCCUUUGGUACAGCGUCCAGUUCCGCCACCUUGCCGCUAACAAUAAAAUGCCUAGAAGAAAACUUAGGCAUCGACAAAAGAAUAGCCAGAUUUGCCCUCCCAAUUGGAGCGACCAUAAACAUGGACGGCACUGCUUUGUACGAAGCAGUGGCGGCUAUCUUCAUAGCUCAAGUUAGGAACGUCCCAAUGGACAUCGGAACUCUGGUGGCAAUCAGUAUAACCGCCACUGCUGCCAGCAUUGGCGCCGCUGGGAUACCCCAGGCCGGGUUGGUGACCAUGGUUAUGGUUUUGGACACGGUGGGACUGCCGGCUGAGGACGUCAGUCUGAUUCUAGCUGUUGACUGGCUGCUAGACAGAUUCCGGACAGCAAUCAACGUGAUGGGUGACGCUUUUGGAGCCGGGAUUGUGAACCAUCGAAGCCAGAAGGAAUUAAACCAAAUUAAGAAGGACUCUCCACGUGCCUCUGUAGAAGAGAAAAUAAGACCAAUAGAUACGGAAAAAACGAAUCACGUCUCUCAAGAAAGCACCGAAUAAACGACAGAAAUAAAUAAAUUAGUAACAAUAGCUUAUAAAGGAAGGAAUAUUCCAAGUUUUUAUUCAACCUGGUGCCAUUUUGGUUUGUUUUAUCGUUAAACAUAAGUAAACAUACGUAUUUUUAAAUGUAAUUUUUGUAUACAUAUGAGAAUAUAUUUUCUAUAUUAAUAUAGGUACUUCUAUUGACACAUGUA